AUGCUCCAUGUAGCCGGGGGCUGGUUGCUCGUCCUGCUGCUCCAGGUCGUCGACACGAUGGACCUCUGCGAGUACUUUGCCCGCCUCGGCGUCGACAAGCCGGAAUGCCGAAAGCAAAUCCACUUCGACACUUUCGACCCGAACCCACGACCCGCACUCCACUCGAUGGCGCAGGUUUUGCAUUUCCAUCAGCUGCUGCCGUCCCCAGUCAUCGUCGACUCGCCCAAGCUGCCCGUGCAGAAGUUUGAGCUCGUCGGUUCCCCAGGAUUCGACUACCCGCUCUGCAAAAACUACUACCACUCGUGCAUGUUUUCGACAAAAUGCGAGUCUGGAACAGUGUGCACAACUGGUUUCGACACGACCCCCUGCUGCACCUCUACCGUAACCCGGUGCCCGUCCGUCGCCUCGUUGGGCAUCAACUGCCGCAAGCCGAAAAGCGUCAAUUGGUGCUUUACGGAUCGUGAUUGCCGGGGAGCAGCCACGACGUCAUCGUCCAUGUGCUGCCCUACCGGAUGUAACUAUAACAUUUGUGUCCCGCAGGCAGAUGUCUUUCCCAAAAGAUCUCUGCUAUCCGACAACUCCGGAGGACUAUUUGCCAAUCAUCAAUUAGCCUUCUCCCGCCUCAACCUCAACCAAGACCAAUGCCCAGAUCCAUGGAAGAUAGAUGUGAAGUGCAACGUGCGACGGCCGACGAGCUGGUGCGCCAAGCAUUCAGACUGUCCCACGGUGAACAGCGUCAACCCGAGAAGAUGCUGCCAAACGCUUUGCGGCUACACGGCCUGCAUGGUGAGGUACAACAACAAGUGGAUGAUUGCC